GACGCGCACAAGUGAGGAGCUCAGUCACAGUGAUCCAAACAGAACCGAACCAGAACAACUGGACCUAGAAUCGGCUCCCAGACAGGAGAAAAAGCUAUUUUAAACUUUGAAGUUUAUUUAUUUAUUCAUUUGGUUUUGUUUAUAUUUCUGCUGACUUAUGAAACCCAGGAUGUAGUUGUUGUUAUUUCCUGAUUUCAUUUUUAACGUGCAGUAGAAGACUGAAUUGUCACUUCUAACAAAAGUGUGAAGAAGAAAGAAAGAAAGCAGCUGGGGAGAAAUGGAGAAAUCAAACGGCUUUUCUUCAGAUCGAAACAUCCUGUGUCUGUUUGACGUGGACGGAACACUGACAGCACCCAGAGAAAAAAUCGACCCAAAGCUGGAUGAGUUCUUCCAGACUUUAAGGAGGAAAGUGAAGAUCGGCAUCGUUGGAGGGUCAGACUACCCCAAGAUAGCAGAGCAGCUGGGAGAGGGAGACGAUGUGAUUCACAAGUUUGAUUAUGUGUUUGCUGAGAAUGGAACAGUUCAAUACAAAGAUGGUCAACUCCUCUCAAAGCAUGCGAUCCAGAACCAUCUUGGAGAGGAGCUGCUGCAGGAUCUGAUUAACUUUUGCCUCCGAUACAUGGGGCUCAUUAAACUGCCAAAGAAAAGGGGGACUUUUAUCGAGUUCAGGAAUGGAAUGAUUAACAUUUCACCAAUCGGUCGCAGCUGCACGCCGGAGGAGAGAAUAGAGUUUUCUGAAAUCGACAAGAGAGAGAAGAUCCGGGAGAAAUUUGUUGCUGCCCUGAAAAAGGAGUUUGCUGGGAAGGGGCUGCGUUUCACUAAAGGUGGACUUAUCAGCUUUGAUGUUUUCCCUGAGGGCUGGGACAAGCGGCUGUGCUUAAAUCUGCUGGAGAACGAAGGCCUGGACGCCAUCUACUUCUUUGGCAAUGAGACCUCAGAUGGAGGAAACGACUAUGAAAUCUUCAACGACCCAAGGACGAUUGGUUUCACGGUGUACUCUCCCGAACACACAGCCCGGCUCUGCCGAGAACUGUUCUUUGAAGCCUCCCCACGUCUCAUCACGAUACCUUCAACCAAAAACGCGUCUGAACUGGAGGGAAACAUGAAGAUUGACCGCAGGCUUUUAAUGAACUGUUGAACUGUAUCACUACUGAUCUCCCCCUGUUUCAUGUCUGAAUGAACUGCUGAAGGAUUGAUUUUAUUUAAUGAGAUGGACAGCCGACUUGGAAGUGUAUAUUAUUGCGCUGUUAACCACUUUACCAGAAGCGAUGUUUGACUACUGUGAUAAGAAGCGUGUAAACCUUGAAAUUAACCCCAAAUCAACAGGAAUGUUUUUUUCCAGCUUGCUUUGGGCAUGAAGCGACAUUUUGCACUAAAGUGGAGUUCCUUGUUUUCCUGGAAAUUCUGUCAGUGCAAUAAGGAACAAGGAUGGAAGACAGAUUUUAUCAUGUGAUGAGCUUGUGGAAAAAGGGACAUCUCCACUUUGAAAGUUUGAAAUACUCCAAAGGGACAUUUACAUUCCAUUUACAUUUAAUUUUCAAACCGCAUCUUUUUUUUUUAGGUUAACUUUUGAACCAUCUGUUGUCUGAAAUUUACAUUAACCUCUUAAAAGCCCUGAAAAUGAUUGGAACCUCUUUUUUUGUGUGUUUGCUGAGGGUCUUUGAAUUAAUCUAAGGGAACAUUUAGGAGAUUUAAAGGGAAGGUUUGGUUUUUUUAAGAGUUCUGUUGGGUGGUUUGAAGGGUUUAUAUCUUACCUGAUCUUGAAAUGCAAUAUUUAUCUUCUAUAAUGAAGCACCAUGACCCAGAUUUUUGAGAAUAAGAGGUUAUUCUAUUACACAGGCUAACACGGUCAGGGUGGAAGUUUAACUUAGAUAACCAUUUAAUGCUGAAGUUUGUCUGUGUUUAAUGGA